AUGGCACCAACAUUUGCCGACGGCAACUCGCUGUUUGAUUUUGUAGUCCGGCGGGGUAAUGGCGUCAAGGUUCUUGUUGAUUCUGGCUUGCUGACAGUGCCUAAUGAAUACAUCCAACCUCUAGAAGAAAGAAUAAGAAAGGAAGUUGCAGGAACAUAUCUAGCACAACCUAUCGACCUUUCGGAACUUGAUGGCCCUAAUCAUGGAAAAAUUAUUGAGGCUCUCACAAGGGCUGCGGAAACUAUUGGCUUCUUCCAAGUGGUGAACCAUGGUGUGCCAGUAGAAGUGCUUGAGGGUCUUGAAGAUGCAGCUCACCGGUUCUUUAAUCAACCACCAGAGAAGAAAGCAGUUUAUCUGAAGGGGUUGAGCCCUACACCCUAUGUGACUUAUGGUACUAGCUGUCUUACAGAGAAGGAUAAGGUCUUGAAAUGGAUAGAUUAUUUGAGCAUGGUUUAUACCUCUGAUGAUGAUGCAAUGAAAUACUGGCCAGAAGAAGUCAGGGAAGUUGAACUCCGCUACCUAAAGACAACAUCAGAGAUGGUGAGAAAGAUAAUGGGGGUGUUAUUUGAGAGCCUUGGAAUGAAGCUGGAUGAUACCAUGGCUGAUGCAUACAUUGGUGCAAGAUUCUGUAACAUGAACUUCUACCCACCAUGUCCCAAUCCAGACCUAACUGUAGGAGCUGGCCGGCAUUCCGACAUGGGCACCCUUACAGUGUUGCUACAAGAUGGGGUUGGUGGCUUGUAUGUUAAAAUGAAAGAUGGAAUAGAUGCCGAAAAUGAGGGAAAGUGGGUACAGAUUCCACCAAUCCCAGGAGCUCUGGUGAUCAAUGUUGGGGAUAGCCUUCAGAUACUGAGCAAUGGCAGAUACAUGAGUGCAGAACACAGAGUUCGAACAACAAGCACAGAAUCGAGAGUUUCAUGCCCUAUAUUUUUUAACCCUCAAGCGACAGUGAAGAUUGCACCAUUGCCUGAUGUGGUUGAGAAGGAUGGGAUGGCUCAUUACAAUGAGGUCUUAUUUCAAGAUUACUUGAGCAACUUUUUGAACAAGGCUCAUACAGGGAAGAGGUGUCUUGAUUCUGCAAAGAUCAGUUAGUCUUCCUAAGUUAAAAUGCGUUGAACCCACAUCAGUUUGGAUUUCCAUUCCCUUUUCCUGGUGAAUUAUUCUCAAGUUUUUGGUGUUUCUCCUUUUCCCUUGUGUGACACAACAGUCUUUAUGCCUCAAGUAAAAUUAAACUUAUUAUAU